CUAACUUGCAUAUUCAGAUAUUUAUCCAAACAUAAUUGCUAUGGGCUUUCCUGCGGAGAGGCUUGAAGGAGUGUACCGGAACAACAUUGAUGAUGUAGUAAGGUUUUUGGAUUCAAAGCAUAAAAACCAUUACAAGAUAUACAAUCUAUGUGCUGAAAGACAUUAUGACACCGCCAAAUUUAACUGCAGAGUUGCACAGUACCCUUUCGAAGACCAUAACCCACCACAGCUGGAGCUCAUCAAACCUUUUUGUGAAGAUCUUGACCAGUGGCUAAGUGAAGAUGACAAUCAUGUGGCAGCAAUCCACUGUAAAGCUGGAAAGGGACGAACUGGUGUAAUGAUUUGUGCAUAUUUGUUGCAUCGAGGCAAGUUUUUAAGGGCCCAAGAAGCCCUAGAUUUCUAUGGGGAAGUAAGGACCAGAGACAAGAAGGGAGUGACAAUUCCCAGUCAGAGACGCUACGUGUACUACUAUAGCUACCUGUUAAAGAAUCACCUGGAUUACAGACCAGUGGCACUGCUGUUCCACAAGAUGAUGUUUGAAACAAUUCCCAUGUUCAGCAGCGGAACUUGCAAUCCUCAGUUUGUGGUAUACCAGCUAAAGGUAAAGAUAUUCACCUCCCCUUCAGGACCCUCACGACGUGAAGACAAGUACAUGUACUUUGAAUUCCCUCAACCUUUGCCGGUAUGCGGUGAUAUCAAAGUGGAAUUUUUCCACAAACAGAACAAGAUGUUGAAAAAGGACAAAAUGUUUCACUUUUGGGUAAAUACAUUCUUCAUAGGACUGGAUGAAAAUUCAGACAAAGUAGAAAAUGGAAGUCUAGUUGCAGAUCAGGAACUUGAUGGUAUUUUCAGUACAGAGCGCUCAGAUAAUGAUAAGGAAUAUUUAAUCCUUACAUUAACAAAAAACGAUCUAGACAAAGCAAAUAAAGACAAAGCCAACAGAUAUUUCUCUCCAAACUUCAAGGUGAAGCUAUUUUUCACAAAAACAGUAGAAGAGCCAUCAAACCCAGAGGCUAGCAGUUCAACUUCUGUAACACCAGAUGUUAGUGACAAUGAACCUGAUCAUUAUAGAUACUCUGACACCACUGACUCUGAUCCAGAGAAUGAACCUUUUGAUGAAGAUCAGCAUACGCAGAUUACAAAAGUCUGAAUAUUUUUUUUAUCAGAGAUAAAAAAAAAACAUACAAAAAAACCAACCAUGAAGAGAGACAAACUUGAAUAAACUGAAAAAAAAGGACCUUUCUAAAUGGCAAAAGGACAUAGUGUCAGAUUACCAAUUAUAGGAACAAUUCUUUCCUGACCAAUCUUGUUUUGCCCUAUAAAUCUACAGGGUUUGACACUUGUCCAGUCGGGGGGGAAAAAGAAAGGUUACGUAGCUCUUAUAUGUAUAUACCUUUUUGUGUCAAAGGACAUUAAAACUUCAAUUAGGAACUAUAAACAUGGCACUUUCCCAUUUUAUUCCAGUUUUAUAAAAGUGGAGACAGACCUAAUGUGUAUGCGUAGGAAUUUUUCCUUUUGUGUUCUGUCACCAAACGAAGUUUCAAAAACCGAAAAAAAAAAAAAAAAAUUUUACAGGUUCACAUCCUGCCCCUUUUUUUGCACUUGUGUGGCAACAGAAAAGUCUGCAGUUGGCUAAGAGAUGUUUCUAGAAGGUUUUUCCUACAUUCUAAUGCAUGUUUUUUGGAUGGGGGCUGGAAGGUGAUGCUCGGAAAGGAGCGUGGCCUGUGUACCAUAUCCGGCUGUUCCAUGCACCUUUCCUCAGCAUGCUGCCCUAAUUCAUCCGGGACAAUGGGUGAGGAGUCGCCGCUGUCACUGCUUGUUGUUUGUGCAUUUUUCAGUUUUUUUUAAGUGUAAUGGUGCUAGAAAAGGCAGCUAGAGGGAGUGAUUCUGUCUAGGGGUACAGGAAUGAACCUUCACGACACCCACGAGACCCACGCAAUGAAGGGAGACAAGGAAUUGGGGUCACGAAAAACAAAACAAAAAAAAAAACAAAAGGAAACACAGCAACAAUGACUCAACCAUACAAAUGUGGAGGCUAUCAACUAAAGUAAGAGCUUGAAACAAAUGGUUACAAAAUUUGACAAUGAUUCAUUGGGAUUUUUUUUCUGAAUUGUAAUGGCUGCUCCAUCUCCUGUGUAAUCAAGGCCAGUGCUAAAAGUCAGAUGCUCUUAGUGCAAAAACAUCAGUCAACAUCUUACAUUUAUAUUAGUAGUUUUUCAAUCAUAUUCCUGCUGUGAAUACUUCAUGUGCUGCCUUGCAAGCUUUUUUUUUUUUUUUUCCCCUCUCAUGAAUAUAAAAAGAUUUUGUAAUGGUGCACAGGAAAUGUCAUUGGAGACUCUCCAGGUUAGUGUUUGUUUGGAAGAUUUCUGAUGCAUUUAUUCAAUCAAACUUCUGUCAGCCGUUCCACCCCUUUGACCUUACACAUUCUAUUACAAUGAGUUUUGCAGUUUUGCACACUUUUUUUUUAAAAAAAAGUCAUUAACUGUUAGGGAAUUUUACUUGAAUACUCAUUACCUGCAAUGUUUAAAAAAACGGACAUUACACACCAGAGACAGGAAACCAGUGUUGCAGUAAAUUCUCAACUGCUAAUGAAGAUUAAAAAGCAGAACUUGUCCCAAAUACAUUGCUAUAAAAAAUGUAUCUUUUCCCCAAACCACCCAACAAAUUGUUUUUCUAAACCAAGUGGCAGUGUUGGAUUUUUUUGUUCCUGGGGACACAAGCAAGGGUAGGGCUCAAAGUUGGCUUCUGGUGGCCAAUUGCCAUGCCCAGCCUGAGGUGACUCAGGAGUCCAGCUGCUGGCACAUCCAGAUGUGAAGUCACUGCCAAAACAGGCCCCUCUAGGUGGGCCGUGAACAGCUGACCCCAAAUUGAUCCUUUUUUCAGGAUGUAGUACACACAUCCCCCUGCUUAAUUAACUUCUUGGUGCUGACAUGGAAGUUCAUGAGCUGUGUUCUCAGCCAGAAUUAUGAAUGGGAUCUGUCAGAGCCCUGUACAGCAGCAUUAAUGGUUGGAGUUUGAACCACACAAGGCAGGACUUCCACUAAUUACAGUUGGUUAAACCAAGGUGUAAAGGGCUUUGAAAAAAAAAUUCCAACCUGGUUUCUGUUGGUCAAUUCUGCUCCUCAGAUUCAUGAUUCUAACUUGUAACCGAGCUGGUAAUACGUUCUGACUUACAGGUUUAAUUAGAGUUUAAUGGAUCAAGGCUCAGUGCUCAUUGUGACGAGCAGGAGGUGGUUUUUCCCUCGGGAACAGGCAUUUUAUUUUAACUCUUACCCUUCCAAUCGUGUUUCACCCUGUCUGGUUUAUAACAGUUGAAAGUUGUGUUGGCUUAAUAAACCAAA